AUGCAAGCUCCAGUAAGAAUUCUAAUGGAUAGUGGAAGUCAACGUACAUACAUAACCGUCUCGAAAAAGAACAAACUAGGACUUGUUCCUGAGAAAUCCGAGGUGUUGAACUUGAACACUUUCGGUAAUGAUCAAGUGGAAAAGCGUAGGUGUGACCAAAUUCGACUGCAGCUGAGAGGAACAAAGAACAUUGAAAUAACAUAUCUUUUCUUUCAUUUCCAAGGAUUUGUGCUCCACUUUCCACGACUUUAGAUAUUGAUCGACAUCCCCAUUUAGAAGGUUUAGAACUGGCAGUGACAAUCUGCUCGAGAACUGUGUUUCAUCAGAUAUAG